AUGUUCCGAUAUUCUGGGCCUGUUCGAGAGGGCUGGGUUGUACCAGAACGGCCUGAAAACUUCGACACCCUUAGUAAAGAGAAGAGAAGGAUGAUAGACAAGAAUCUGGAAAGUGAGACUAUCUAUAAAUAUUACAAGGCUCAGGUUUAUAAACGAGCACCUUCUCACUGGAGUGUACUUCACGAUUUAUUAAUCCCAAUUCUCAGGAAACCUGUCUGGCUGGAUCAGUUACCCUGUCCGAUUGAGUUUACCGACGAGGAACAUGAGCUUUACUCUAAGGAGGAAGAUAAUAUUGAUGGAGUUGGACGCAUGCUUGCGUUGUUCCGGGACCAGGGGGUGCUACCAGUCGAUGGAAUGGUGGACCCAGAAGACUACGAAACUGCCAUGGAAAAUAGCCGCCGAUUCAAGGAUAUCUUUAUUGGGUUGGCCAAAGAUGAAGCCGAGAGGGAGUUAUAUAAAAGGCUCUGGCCAUAUCAAAUGUGA